AUGGUCCCCUGGGUACCUGUCUGGGUGGUUUACACUGAUGCUUCCCUGCCCACCACAAAUUGUGUAUAUAGUCUCCAGGUGGUAUCACCCUUUUUCACCAGCCCCAACCAAGAGCUGGUUCUAGGCCUGUGUUAUAUGUUCUAUUUAGCAUUUUUAUAUAUGAUCUUUGAUUUCUGGUAUUUUAGCACACUGUGUGCACCAUCAUUUAAAUAUAUCUGUGUGUGGUUUCUCAAGAAUUCAGCUGAAAAAGUUAAGUGUCCUGCAGCCCAGGAGAAAGACUGCACCUUGCUAAUAGUGUUUGCCACAAGUAUUAGUGAGUCUUCCCUUUACCUUUUCUUUCAGGAAACUGAAUGACAAAGCUUCCAAGUGUUUGCUGUUUCCUUGGCAGCUAAAUGA